UGUUUUUCUAUAGACAAGAUGCAACAACAACAACUGCGGAAAGAUCAGCACCCAAAAUAUAUGCCUUAAAUUAAGCAUGAACUAUGUUAUAACGAUUCAUAACUGUGAAUUUUGUCAUGGGAAAGGGAAUAUUAUAAUGUUGAGCGGUUAUGGCCGUCCUUAUACAGAAGAAGACAGUGAUGCAAAGCGCUUUGUACCCCUUAUGCGAUUCAAAUGUAUGGGCCUCCAGCCCUUAGAUUUUGUUUUUGGAAAUGGCUGGAUUGGCAACACGUUCAUGGGCGUAAGGGAGUUGGAUUUUGAAGAAGGAAUGGCAUCUAUUCAAUUGAAUGGCAAAAGAGCAGCUGUUUAUGAUGUUGAGGCUAGAUUUGAGGCUAAUGAGAUAUGAUGUUGUCCCAUCAUGUUAUGAUGGAUAUAAGGAAGUUCGUUUAGGUUUAAAACUUUAUUAUAUUUUGUGAUAUUUAAGUUGUGUAUUUAA